AUGCGCGGCCACUGUGUUCUGCUGCUCCUGGGGCUCUUCGUCGGGACAACAUCCCAGAAUGCCUCGGAUGAGAUCAGCGAUGGGAGCGACAGCAACGGCAGCAACGACAGCAACCUCACGGACAACGCCACCCUGGAGGACAGCCUCGCCGUUUCGGUGACCUGCUACCCCGAGGAGGACAUCCUCCUCGGGAACGCAGAGACCUGCGUGCUGAAGGGUGACCUGGCGCCGGUAGAAGACUGGAACAGACUCUCUUUCAACAUCCUCCAGACGGAGGUUGUCUGCCGAGACUAUGCUGAAAUCGCGCCCUGCAACGUCUCCGAGAUGGUUGUCUACGAGGAUGGUUGGCCUGUUCACCUAGACGUCGUCGAGUCAUUCCGCAAUGGGGGCCCUGCCGACUGGGUUCAGUUGGUCGCCCGGGGCCUGGCGGUCUGA